AUGGGUUUCACUGACUUCGCUUCCGACGCCGGCCUUACCAUUGCCAACAACUACUUGGCUACCAGGAGCUACAUUGUUGGCGAUGCUCCUUCCCAGGCCGAUGUCGUGAGCUUCAAGGCCUUCUCCGGCGCCCCUGACGCCGAGAAGUACCCCCACGUUGCUCGCUGGUACAAGCACAUCGCCUCCCACGAGGCUGAGCACGCCACUCUCCCCGGCGAUGCCUCCAAGCCCUACACUGCCUACGGCCCCGAGUCCACUGAGCUGCCCACCAACCCCAAGGCCGCUGAGGAGGACGACGACAUGGACCUCUUCGGCUCCGACGAGGAGGAGGAGGACCCCGAGGUCGUCAAGGAGCGUGAGGCUCGUCUUGCUGAGUACAAGAAGAAGAAGGAGGCCAAGCCCAAGCCCGUUGCCAAGUCUAUCGUGACUCUUGAGGUUAAGCCUUGGGAUGAUGAGACCAACCUCGAGGAGCUCGAGGCCAACGUCCGUGCUAUCGAGAAGGAGGGUCUUGUCUGGGGUGCCAGCAAGUUCGUCACCGUUGGUUUCGGUAUCAAGAAGCUCCAGAUCAACCUUGUCGUUGAGGACGAGAAGAUCUCUCUUGACGAGCUCCAGCAGCAGAUCGAGGAGGACGAGGACCACGUCCAGUCCACCGAUGUUGUAAGUCAAGGAUCAACCCCUCUACACCGUUGCAACGGUGCUAACGGAAUCCCCACAGGCCGCUAUGCAGAAGCUGUAAAUGGAAUGUUGUUUAAUGAAGAGCUAUGGUGUGAUGGAUUAUUUUAUGUUAUUCCACGGAAAUAUACUGUCAUGAACUUGAAUAACCCCCGUCGACCGAGGAUGAUCCCGGCGACAUAACGAAUACCAAAAUCAAAUAAAUACCCAUUUAAUACACUAUG